UCGCUGUCACGUGGUCAACGCGGAAGUUCGUGUGCUCGAGUGCGAGUGCGAGUGUCGCCUACUCGUGCAAGUAUUUGAAAAUGUUACACACGUAGACUGUCAAUAUUUAUUACUUUUUCACCGAGUCUCAAGAUCUGUCUGAAUAAACAAUUUUCAGUGCGUGUGCGUCUUUCUGUCGUCAACCAUGGCUGAAGACGUGUGCUGCUUGAAAGCACAGCUAGAGGAGAAGGAAAAGGAGAUUUCUGCUCUGAAAAAUAAACUGGCACAUCUGGAAAAGAGCUUUACCUCUGUAUUGGAACUGCAUGACAAAGUGAUACCCCUGACCCCCCUGAAGGCCAAAGCGACCCUCAGCAAUGAGGACAUCAUGCGGUACAGUAGACAGCUCCUACUGCCUGAGCUUGGUGUACAAGGUCAGCUAAACUUAUCCAAAACCUCAGUACUGGUUGUGGGCUGUGGAGGACUGGGAUGCCCCCUGGCACAGUAUCUUGCAGCCGCAGGAAUUGGACGUCUGGGCCUGCUGGACUAUGACGAGGUGGAGCUCAGUAACCUGCACAGACAGGUGCUUCAUGGGGAGGAGAACCAGGGCCAGGCUAAGGCUCUGUCUGCUGCCAAUGCAGUUACAAGGUUAAACUCAUCAGUGGAGUGCAUCCCCUACCACCUGCAGCUCUCGCCGGAGAAUGCCUUGCAACUCAUUCAGCAGUAUGACAUUGUGGCUGAUUGUUCAGACAAUGUCCCUACACGUUAUCUGGUGAACGAUGCCUGUGUGCUUAGUGGCAAACCUCUGGUGUCAGCUAGUGCCCUGAGAAUGGAGGGGCAGUUGACGGUAUAUAACUACUGUGGAGGCCCCUGCUACAGAUGUCUGUACCCAGUCCCUCCCCCCGCAGAGACAGUGACCAACUGUUCUGAUGGAGGGGUGUUAGGAGUGGUUCCAGGGAUAAUGGGCUGCUUUCAGGCACUGGAGGUCCUCAAGAUUGCUUCUGGACAAGGCUCUUCCUGCAGACAGCAGCUGAUGAUGUUUGACGCCCAAGAUGCCAGAUUCAGGUCCAUCAAGUUGCGCCCCAAGCAAGCUGGGUGUGCUGUGUGUGGAGAGAACCCCAGGGUGACCCAGUUAGUAGACUAUGAGGCUUUCUGUGGGUCUGCUGCCACAGAUAAGUGCCGCAAACUCAACCUGCUCUCCAGAGAUCAGAGGAUCACUGUACAGGAUUAUAAAUCCUUAAUGGACAACGCAGAGCCCCAUCUCCUGUUGGAUGUGCGCCCUCGUGUGGAGGUGGAUAUAUGCCACCUACCUUUCUCUCUCAACAUUCCCCUCUCAAGUUUAGAGGAGAGGAAGAGUGACGGUAUCCGAUUACUUCAGGAGAAAAUCAGCCAAUUGAAACAGCAGAUGGCAGGUGACUGCCAGCCUUCAGUGUAUGUGAUCUGUAAGCUGGGGAACGACUCUCAGAAGGCGGUGCAGGUUUUGGAGAAGAUAAGCGGAUCAGAAAUGGACCGUGUCACAGUGAAAGACAUCAGUGGAGGCCUCAUGGCCUGGGCAAAGAAAAUAGAUCCCACAUUUCCUCAGUAUUAACACAUUUUUACAUUUUUAAAAUAAAUCAAUAAAUAAACUCUUCAACCUGUUAGUCAUCCUUGUAAAUUUACUCUUGUGUAUUUGUGUACUGAUAAAGAUAAACUUUAUUGAUCCCCCGUGGGGGAAAUUUGUGCAUGACAGUCUUCCUUUUGGGUCAAUUGUCAUGAAUAUUAAGACUUGAGUUGCAAAAUCUCACAGUCAGUAUAACAAUGGGGGCAGUUCCUUAAAUCUGUUGUGCAACCUAAAGUGCAUCAGGUCGUCAAAGACAUGAGCUGGCAGUUAGAUAACAUGUAAGCAUCCUGGCAAAAUCAAGUCUCUCUUCCUGUUUUUUUUUUUAUUUCUUUCAAGCCCUUAAAGUUUAUGUUAAAGAUAGUUUCUCCUUGGGCAUUAAAUUAACCCAUUUACCAUAUAAUAGUCUUAAACCACACAUUGGCAAACACUUAUUAUCUCUGAUCAACUGUCUAUGGAUUGAGAAACGGCAGAGUAGAGUCUGGAAGUAGUAAUCUGAAAGCAAGCUGCUACUUUGUUGUUUUUUUUAAGUAUAGAGUACUUCUAGAGAAUGAUUUAUGUUGUCGGGGAUUUAUAAGGAUACCUUCAAGACCCCCUCUCCCAGGUCUGACUUUGAAUACAGUGUGCAGCCGAACCUG